AUGGAAUCCUCCCAGGGCUCGGAGAGUGAGACGGCCUUGUCGUGUACGAUCCUGAUAAUCGACAGCUAUCAGAGUGAACCAUGUCCGAAGCUGGACACGACAUUCUCCAGCGCGACGAAAACUCAACUGAAACAGGUGCCGAUACUUCGAGUUUUCGGGAUAGAAUCGAGCGGCAAGAAGUGCUGCAUCCACAUCCACCGCAUCUACCCCUACCUGUGCGUGAAGUUCGAGUCGAGUCCUGAUGAGCGCCGGAAGGCGGCCUUCGUCGAAUCUCUCGAGAAGGCACUCAACGCGCAUUCGAAAGUUGCCCGACAUCGCAUCGUCGAAGCAACUUUCUUCAAAGGAACCAACUUCUACGGGUACUACGCGAAUGAAGAAGUUUUUCUCAAAAUCUCUUUCUCCGACCCACGAACACUGAAACGCGCUUCGGAAGUUCUGAACUCGAGUCAAGUUCUGGGAUCCGCUAUCCGAGUAUUCGAAGCACACACACCCUUCCCUCUCCAGUUUAUGAUUGAUCAUCAACUCCAAGGCAUGAAUAGCCUGCGGAUCGGGAAAUUCAUUCCGAGAACCUCCGACCAAGGACCCCCGAAGCAAUCUUGUUGUCAAAUGGAGGUCGAUUGCUUUGUUGAGGACGUGCUGAAUCAGUAUGAGGAACAAGACAUGAACCCUGGCCUGAGGGCGAUCUGGCAAGACCCGCGACUCCAGGACGUCGCUCACGCGGACACCACUGUGAUCGAGAGGGACCUGGUCCCCAGUGAGAGAGAGCUCUCUUACCGGGCCCUUCUGAUGAAGUAUCUCGGAGUAGAGGACGUUCUCUCGCAACGCAGCGUCCCCGCUGAAUCGGAUGAGGAUUCGGAGCGAAGCGAGCUGCAGGACACUUUACUCGAGGCAGCCGAGGGGCUCCUCUUCGGCGAAGCUGACUCAAUUCUUUUCUCGGGACCAUCCGGUGAAGAGGUCGACGACAUCGAAUCGUUGGAGAUGUCUCAAGUCAUUUCCGAAGAUAUUCUGAACGAACAGUCCAAGGCAUCUCCGGCGUCUACAUUAUUCACCGACAGCGAGAGCAUUAGCACCCAGCUGAUGAAUACUCAGACUCUCCUAGAAGAGCUCGAGGACUUGCGGACGGAGGCAUCGCGGGCGGGGUUCGAUGAGACUGUUGCGAAGAAAGCCCGUCUGAAAGAUCAAGAUUCGGACAGCAGUGACAUGUUCUCCGACGAUGACGACACAUUGGUGGAAGUGAAAGAUAGUGACGACGGGGAGGAGAAGCCCGACCUCAAACCCUCGUUGAAGGAGGAGAGCCUCGUAAGUGAAACUCGAUUCGUUCAGUUCGAUAAAUCCCGAUCAGCAGAGGGAAUGAACAUUAUUGAGUCUCGUGGUGUUCCGAAUGGGUGUUCGGGCUGAUAGGCUGUAAUCUCCCGAACAUCGUUCCAGAUUUCCAACACGGAACCGAAAAUCGAAAUCAUCAAUAUCGAUAGCUCUCCAUCAGAGGCCGAACCCGCCCAAAAAUGGGACGUCGUGGAUGACCUCCCGCAGCGAGCGAUGUCCGAUGAAACAAGGCAAGCUCUGAGCUGGCUCUGCAACAGGACUCGAACGAAGAAGCCAAAUCAAGUGACAUCGCAGGCAAACGAAUCUGUGCAAAAAAACACUCAAUCCUCCGCCAACGAUACCCUCUCGCAGGAUUUGCGUUUCGCCUAUAGUUUCGGAGCUUCACCGGAAGUAUGCGAACGUCACUGCGAGUUGUUGACCUCUCUAUGCUGCGAGGUUCAUUGUGCAACCAGAGAAAACUUGAAGCCCGAUCCUUCGAUAGAUCCCCUCUUAGCUGUCGUUUUUGUCCUGCAUCGAGACUAUCCGGGCGAGGGCGAGAAGCUGCAGCUGAAGGUCGUUUAUGAUGGCUGCGUUGAUCAGGUUCCUCUGAGGAGAUCGUUGCUGUCCGAGAUAGGCGGCAUCGCUAGCGUAGAGCUGGUCAAAUGCUCUGGAGAGCUGGAAAUUAUCAAGAGAAUGUGUGAAAUUAUUGUCAAGUGGGAUCCCGACGUGGUCCUGGGAUACGAGACCGACACGCUGUCGUGGGGCUACCUGAUCGAUCGAUGUCUGGCACUGGAAUUAAACCCCAAGCUUUUGUUUUCGAGGGUGGCCAUCGAGAUGCCGAUCGACGAACCCGGCGUCAGCCACACGGUCGAAAUGCCACCGGGUGUCAGAUUCGAUCAGGAUAAAGAGCGAUAUUUCGAAUCAUGGGAGUAUCGACUGACCGGUCGCGUCCUUCUGAAUGUUUGGCGAAUGAUGAGGAAGGAGAUAGCUCUAACAAAUUAUAGUUUCGAGAACGUCUAUUACCAUAUCCUUCAUCGACGGGAGCACGUCGUCUCCUGGGGCCGCUUGAGAACGUGGUACGAAGACCCGCUCCAGAUGAGCAAAUGCAUUUCGUAUCUGGCUAAAAGAUGUGCGGGAUGCUUCCAUUUGAUCGAGAAACUGGAGCUGUAUACGAAAACCUGCGAAAUGGCUCGCAUUUACGGCAUUCAAUUCUAUGAAGUGCUCAGCCGGGGUUCGCAGUUCCGUGUGGAAUCGAUGAUGCUCAGGUCCACACGAAAGAAAGGCUACGUCGCGUUUUCGCCCACCGUUCUCGACCGGAGCUUGCAGCGUUCGCCGGAGUGGAUCCCGUUGGUCAUGGAACCUUAUUCUAAUUUCUAUACCGACCCUCUUGUUAUUCUGGAUUUCCAGUCGCUGUAUCCGUCAUUAAUGAUCGCCUAUAACUACUGUUUUUCAACGUGUUUCGGUAAAGUACAAGAUAUCAUCAAGGGCAGCGGCUCCAUAAAAUUUGGAUGCGGCGACCUGGCCGUGGACGCCGAGGAAUUGAAGCGACUCAAAGACGAUAUAAUCAUCUCGCCGUCGGGAUCUGUUUUCGUCAAAAGCCAUAUUCGGAGAGGUAUCCUCCCGCGACUCGUCGAAGAAAUUAUAAACACGCGAUUCAUGGUCAAAAAAGGCAUGAAAAAAUCAACAAGUAAAUCCUUCAAUCGGAUUCUAGACGCUCGUCAGCUGAGUUUGAAGUUGAUCGCCAACGUGACUUACGGUUAUACGUCCGCCAGUUUCUCCGGCCGCAUGCCUCUCGUCGAACUCGCGGACGCAAUCGUCAGUAAGGGCAAGGAAUCACUCGAAACCGCAGUGAAGUUGGUUAACACCACUGCGGAAUGGGGUGCCGAAGUCGUGUACGGGGACACGGACAGCAUGUUCAUCCUCCUGCGCGGAAAGACGAAGAGCGAAGCUUUCAAAAUAGGAUACGACAUCGCCGAAAAGGUGUCGGCAAUGUUUCCCGACCCCAUGAAGCUCAAGUUCGAGAAAGUAUACUAUCCGGGUGUUUUGGAAACAAAAAAAAGAUAUUUCGGAUACAUGUAUGAGUCCGAGGACCAAGUCGAACCCGUUCUGGACGCUAAAGGCAUCGAGCUCAUUCGGAGAGAUGGCUGCAAAGUCCAACAGGUGAUCUUGGACAAAGCCAUUCGAACGCUCUUCGACACUAAGGAUUUCGGAGCGGUGAAGAAGGUCAUACAGAAGAGCUUCGAGCAAAUUUUCAAAGGUAAAUUCGGCUUGCAUCGCUUCAUGUUUGCCAAAGAAUACAACGGGGCUUCUUAUUACCAACAGAACAGCUGUGUGCCGGUUCUGAAAAUCGCGCGACAGUUGAAAUCCGAAGAUCCUCGAGCUGAACCGUUGGUGGGCGAACGAGUUCCUUACAUUGUCACUCAGGGUUGGGACAAAUCGCGCAUCAUAGAUCUAGUCGCUCAUCCGAAGAAACUACUGGAAGAUUACAGACUGCGCCCGAAUUACACGUAUUAUAUCCUCAGAAUAGUUUGCCCUGCCCUCGAUCGGGCUCUCCUGAAAGUUCGCACGGCGGAAUGGUAUCACGAGUUACCUAAGGUCCUCAGAAUUUCUCCCAUGAAGGAAGGAGCGAGAAAAACCAUGGUAUACGAAUAUUUUGAUGUGAACAGGUGCGCUGUCUGCGAUAAGUCCGGUCAGUGUAUCGAUCGAGUAUGCGACCUUUGUAGAGCCAAGCCGCAAGUUUCAGUGUUCAUAAGCUUGGAGAAACUGCGCCGCCACGAAGAUGAUCUUAGAACGGUUCGAGAUCUGUGUUCGCGAUGUAUGAUGAAUCGCGAGGAAGAUGUCAACGAGUGCAUUUCCAUAAAUUGUCCCGUUCUCUUCAGGAGAAUAGCGCUCCGAGAAAAACACGACGCCGCACAAGAGUUGAGUAUGAUUCAGUACAUGUUUUAACCCUCUAGAUUAUGUAACGUAAAUUUUAGUCUUGAAUAAAACAUCGCGGGCUAUUUGCCGUGCGACUG